AUGGCCUCCUCCAUCGUCCCUACUUCCACCUUUGCAUCCACCUUUGCAUCCACCAUUCCCUCACAAACACCACCAGAACGGCCUCUCAUGACCUCCAGAUUUCCCCAGAGAAACCUCUGGCGGGUCACGGCCAUCUGUCUCUGGGGCGUCACGGCCGGGUUCUCAGAUGCCACUCCUGGAGCCAUCUUGCCAUACAUCGAAAGUGACUAUGGCCUCACCUACACCACUGUGUCAUUGAUCUGGAUUUCCAACGCCAUGGGGUUUAUCUUGGUGGCAUGUUUGUCUCAUCAGAUCCAGAGGGUUUUGGGCAAGCGUAUGUCGUUGGUGAUGGGAACUGCCAGUUCCGUCAUCAUGUAUGCGACGGUGCUGACGGGGACGGUUUUUCCCGCGAUCGUGGCGGCGUUUUUCGUGGGAGGUGUGGGCCAGGCAUCGGUGCUGGCACAGGCAAACGUGUUUUUGGCCCGGUUGGAUAAACUGUCUAAGUACCUCGCAGCAUACCACGGGUGCUAUGGAAUCGGGGCCACUAUUUCCCCGUUGAUUGCUACUGUUAUCGUGUCGGCUGGGGUGACCUGGCAUUAUUUUUAUUUGAUAGUGUUGGGAAUGAUGAUGGCGAACGGGGUGAUGUUUGUAUUUGCCUUUAAGGGUGCCGACGAGGACCUUGCACCGUGGGACCACGAUGUUGAGCCACUGGUAGGCCCCACUGAGUCUCCCACCGAUGAGCAGGGCGUUGGGUUGGUGGAUUUGGGCCCCAGCGCCAUUUCGCAGCCGGCUGCAAAAACUUCCAGCAGCCAUUCGGUGUUCAUGGAGGCAGUCAAGUUCCCCAUCACGUGGAUGCUUGCAUUCUUUGUAUUAUUUUAUCAGGGGUCCGAGGUGUCGUUGGCGGGGUGGAUCGUCACGUUCCUCUUGGACUAUCGGCACGGGUCUGCCAGCGUUGGGUACGUGGCGUCGGGGUUCUGGGCCGGAUUGACGAUAGGCCGGUUGGUGUUGACGAGGCCGCUCCACAAAUACGUGGGGAUUCUGCGGAGCAUAAUAAUUGCGUCCUUGUUGGCAAUUGUGUUUGUGGCAUUAACAUGGGCCAUUCCCAACGUCAUAGUGGCUGGCGUUAUAGUGUCGAUAUCGGGCAUUUUUGUAGGACCCAUUUUUCCGCUCAUGAUUGCGGCGUCGGUGGACUAUUUACCGCGGAAGAUUCAGGUGGUGUCUUUAACCAUCACCACCGCGUUUGGGUCCAGUGGAGGGGCGUUAUUUCCCUUCAUCAUUGGGAUCAUGUCGCAACGGUUCGGGCCGUUUAUUGUGUUGCCGGGGUUUAUUAUUCUUCACUCGAUGAUGUUGGGCCUCUGGCUCUGCUUUCCGCGGAAGGAGCCGGUGUUGGGCUUGGGAAUGGAAAGGUUGAGAAGUUUGUUGAGUUGGUAGAUGGUCCAAAUUGGUGAUGUAGAAAUGGGUAGAGAAUAGUGAGAGAUAGAUUCAAUUUGAUAUUUGGUAGGUAAGU